AUGCCUGCGAUACCAAAACUGAGUCUUUAUAGGGCGGCGAGUGUCAAUGCCGGUAAACAUCGCCUCUGCGCCUGUAUCAGUGAUCAAGGCGCUGUCGGCGUCCAAAUCAAUGACGAUGCUACAAAAGACGUAGUCAUGGGGUCUGAUGGGCGAUUCGUUUACAAUGAUGGGAUUUGGUUUAACGACGAACUCCAUGAUGCUCCGUAUGGUGGCGCAUACUGGCAUGCUAUAGAUGGAACUAUCAAUGGUGCCACCGAUGAUGGUUGGGUUGGUGGCGAUGAGGCGAAUGGGCUCUGCAAAGAGAAGAGCGCUGACAGUGCAUGCUUCUCGCCCGGGGAUUCCUUCGAUUGGCAACGGUGUUCCCCAAAUGACAAGUGUUUUACCUCUAAGGCUACAAAGACUGAUGGCUUUGGAAACCCGGUGUGA